AUGGUCCUAGGACUGGACAAGCGAGCACUGUGGGGCGCACUGCCCCUGCUGGGAUUCGCCAUCGGGCACUUCCUGGACAAGAAGGAGACGGAGCGCAUGACCAUGUUCCGGGACAAGAGCGCCCUGUACGGCCGCCCCGACGGCAGCGCGGAUAAGGCACCGUCCUGGUAGUCCUGGCUGUGAUCCCGCCCAGCAUCGCUAUCCAUUAUACUAUUUUUUCCCCCCACUCACUGUUAACCAAUAAACCGGAGAAAUGUGAAAA